AAUCAUGGAGAGAGAAUGCACUGCGUCCAUAAUUUCAGUCUCAACAUCACAACCUCUUGCUUUACGAACACCGCACACACGUUUCCGCUACUCUCGAGUCCCCCUCUAGCACCGAAAACCUCAUAAGAAAGAAGCAACAUGUCUUUCCUUUUCGGCGGUGGGCGACCACAGCCAAGCUCCGCAGAAAAGAUUGCGGCGGCCGAGCAAGAAGUCGAGUUGGUCUCAGACAUGUACAAAAGAUUGACAAAGUCAUGUCUGGCAAAAUGUGUCCCCGCCGACUACCGCGAAGCCGAACUCAACAAGGGCGAGAGCGUCUGCCUCGAUCGGUGUGUCGCCAAAUUCUUCGAGGUCAACAUCAAAGUCUCCGAGAAGAUGCAAGGAGAAGCCGCUCAAAGAGGUGGAGGUGCCGGCGCCGGUGGCAUGUUUGGAAUGUAGAAUCAGCACGAUGGCUUUGUACAAUACACCUCAGCUUCGGCCAUGGUUAUGGACCCGGAUGGGAUAGCUUGGACACACGAAACAUAAUCUUGUGAGAAUCCAAGCAGGGAGGGCAGUCUAAUGAUAUCAAGCUUCGAAAUCUGUACAAUUAUUCUACACUUUGAUGGCGUGAAGCUGGUGACAGCCGGGCUUGAAUCAAGGGACAUACUGCUACGGAGCACGCAAACUUGGAUUCCAGGUGCGCGUGAUGCACGAGUCCAUCUCAGACAAGAUCUCCAAUCUGGUGGAAUGAAGAGAAUCAAUAUUAUGUCGUAUUCUUUAUGGUUCCGACCUUUGUAACCUCCC